UAAAAAAAGAGAAUAGGGCGCGCGUGUAUUUAUUGAGCACGUCUUGGACCCCUUGCUGUUCAUCGUCACCAAGGGCAGGGACACACACACUGUCACUGACGGACGCUGAGCACCAUGGGCAUGGCGCCGCCGCACAACGUAGUAGCUCUGGUGCUUGUGCUGGCCGCCGCCGCCAGCACAGCCGCAGCCGCAGCCCCGCCCACCCCGACGCUGAUAUUCCUGCUGGCCGGGCAGUCCAACAUGGGCGGCCGCGGCGGCGCCACCAGCGGCAGCUGGGACGGCGUGGUUCCUCCCGAGUGCGCGCCGUCCCCUCGCGUCCUUCGGCUGUCCCCGGAGCUCCAGUGGGAGGAAGCCCGCGAGCCGCUGCACGCCGGCAUCGACGUGCGCAACGUGCUGGGCGUGGGGCCCGGCAUGGCCUUCGCGAACGCCGUCCGGGCGUCCCGCGCCAUCCCGGCGUCGACGGUGAUCGGGCUGGUCCCCUGCGCGCAGGGCGGCACGCCCAUCGCCAACUGGUCGAGGGGCACGGAGCUGUACGAGCGGAUGGUGACGCGAGCCAGGGUGGCCAUGGCGAGCGGCGGCAGGGUGGGGGCGCUGCUGUGGUACCAGGGGGAGGCGGACACGAUCCGGCGGGAGGACGCGGAGGUGUACGCGGGGCGGAUGGAGGCGAUGGUGCGCGACGUCCGGCGAGAGCUGGCGCUGCCGGAGCUGCUGGUGAUCCAGGUGGGGAUCGCGACGGGGCAGGGGAAGUUCAUCAAGGAGGUGAGGGAGGCGCAGAAGGCGGUGAGGCUUCCAUGGCUCAAGUACGUGGACGCCAAGGGGCUCCCCAUCGCCUCCGACUACACGCAUCUCACCACGCCGGCGCAGGUCCGCCUCGGCAAAUUGCUCGCCAACGCCUACCUUUCCACGCUCUAGCCUCUGCCUCUACCUCGCUCCACAUCUUCUUGAUUACACUCCAUUUUAAUUGUACUCCUCCUCUUCUUAGUAUUGAUUGAUGAUUACUGUUCCCUCCACUAUAGAUUUCAUCGUCUGCUAAUUUGCUUAAUAUUAUUCUAUAGUGGAGCUACGUCUUUCUUUCUCUUAAUUGCUCCUUCCGGAUGAAAACGUUACUAAUUUUUCUUUUUAUUUCUUAAGAAGAAUUAUUGGACCACUUUGCUCACUUGUUACAGAAAGACAGACAAAACCAUGAUGGAAACCGUCGGCAGCUAGCUCCAAUUGUAGUAAUUGCUAAGAAAGACACGCUGCCUGUGAUGUACUAAUAAUGCAAUGCAAGUGUUGUAAGACU